AUGAGCUAUGAUGCUCGGACCUUGGUAACCUUCAAGGUCUUCAGCAAUCUGGCUGGCACUGUUUGGACGAAAGCAUCCCUGUGGAAAAUGAUGGGGACUCUUCUCCUGAUUGCCUUGACUGUGGCGGCCUGUAUCGCCGUGAUGGUGAAGGAUCCUGCCAAGCUCAAUGUGGCGAGGUUCCAGCGCAUCAGCAGUUUCUUGGAAGUUGUCGUGGGCCUGUGGUACAGCUGCACGAAUGGUUUCUUGGAACUCUUUGAUGCCAUCCGCGGCUUGCACAUGCAGUUGAAUGCGAUGGGUGAGAAGGUCCAGCUUUGCUUGCGCUACUGUGUGGUGUCUGCGCAUUGCUUGAAUCAUGAUCUCACGGCCUCGCCUAUGACACCUGAAGAUGCUGCGGAGUACCUUGCAAGCUGCUGGGCAGAUUUGACGGUGGAGAAAGAGGACUUGGCCGUGGGCAUGAUCUUGUGCAGUGUUGGGCCAUUCCUGUACCAGGCGCUCCUGGAAGUAGCAGUGUGCAUCGCACAGCCCUUCGCCAUUGCGGGGAAAGGUGUUGCCCCCGGGCGCAUCCCCACGGAGAAGUUGCUGCAGCAUCUGGAGAAGGAUCUCAAAGACAUCGAGUUCAUGAGCACUAACUUGCCAUGGUGGAACCAAGCGUACUUCAAGAACAAAUGA